AUCCUGUACUCGCGCGGAACAGCGGAAGCAUCGUCUUUUAGAGUUGGAGAACGAACAGCGUCUAGAGGAAUUCGAGGCCCUCAAGAUGACUGACGAGCAACGCCGAACUCUCCUUCGCCCGUUUGCCUCUGUAAAGUUCGAAUUCAGCGACCUAGACGGUCUUCGCUGGACCAGCUCAGCCCUGCAUAGGCGUCAGGUACACCAACCUCAGCGUCCUGACGCUCCCCAGAAGAGAUUGCACCGAGCGACGACGUCGACGGCGUUCGUAGUCCUCACCAAUGCAGACCUUGCUGCUUUCUCCGGGGAAGAUACUAUCCGUGUCUCCGUGACCUCCGUGGACCACAGGAACGGGAAGCGUUCCAGGUCGCCUUUGAAAGGUCUGUUCCCGGAAAAGAAUACGCCUGCAUCGAACUCUGCUGGCUUUCCCGCAUGGUACACCGCAGGAAAGAGGCCUUAUAAUGAGGGGCAUGACAGUGAAGCAGGCCUACAUCCGGAUGACGACGAGGGCAUAGACCACGAAUUGGAUCUAGACGAUUCAGCUGAAGGCGAUUUGACAAUCGUUGCAGAAUCUGUCGACCUUGACCUUGACCUCGAAUUCGAUGAAGAUCGCUCGGACGGAGUACAGCAAUACCCUCACUCCUUUGUCGAAUCUCACACCCCUUUCCCGCGGACGUCUUCCCCCGACGUAGACGCUGCUGGACAGCAACACACAUUCACGGAUCUUUACCCAAAACGACCUCCCUCGCGCAUGGACCUUUACUACGACCAAUAG